CCUUUUCCUUGCUUCUGCAGUUACCCUGCUUCUCACACCGGGAGCCACUCCUCCUCAGUUUGCUCCUCACAUCCAGGACAGAAAGGCAAAGGCCAGAAGCGGAAGCGUCACGGAGAGCCGCCUUUGCCACUCCCUGGGAGGGAGAGAGAAUUGUGGAGUCUUGGACUUGAUGAAAACCUUGGAGGCACUCGGGUCCAGCCUUCCCACCAGCCAGUGAGGGAAGCCCCCGUGCAGCUCCCUAAGACCUUGCCCACCUGUCCUCGCUCGGAACCACCAGGGAUGAGCCGCCUCCUGAGAGCCUCCUCUGCUGUUCCUUAGAGGGACAGGUCACUGCCACUGCCACUGCUUCUAUCACCUUCAUUUCUACUUUAUGGAUCUUUCGCAGAUGUGAAGCUCCCUCCUCGGGCACCACUGCAGUCAGAUCAUCAUCCUGUAGCUUGGGGACCUUGGUUCAUUCCAGCAUAGGCCCCUGCCUGAAGAGAGCCCAUUCCCAGCCCUACCUGCUUCCUGGGGGCAAGGCUGCCAAGUCUUCCCUCAUCGUGACAGUUCGCUUAACACAUGGUGUGUGGCACGUGGCUGGCUUAGGUGUUUGGAGAGUGAACGCCAGGUCUCCUCUCCCCUCUGCAGCCCCUCUGACCUCGAGAACACGCCCAGCUCCAUAAUGGCAGCAGAGACCCUCAAUUUUGGGCCGGAAUGGUUGAGGGCCCUUUCCAGUGGUGGCAGCGUGGCCUCCCCACCCCCAUCCCCCGCCAUGCCCAAAUACAAGCUGGCUGACUAUCGCUAUGGGCGAGAAGAGAUGCUGGCUCUCUACGUCAAGGAGAACAAGGUGCCUGACGAGCUGCAGGACAAGGAGUUCACUGCGGUGCUGCAGGAGGAGCCGCUGCAGCCCCUGGCGCUGGAGCCUCUGACUGAGGAGGAGCAGAGAAACUUCUCCCUGUCAGUGAACAGUGUGGCUGUGCUGAGGCUGAUGGGGAAAGGGGCUGGCCCCCCCCUAAGUGGCACCUCCCGUGGCAGGGGCAGCACUCGGAGCCGAGGCCGAGGCCGUGGUGACAGUUGCUUUUACCAAAGAAGCAUUGAAGAAGGCGAUGGGGCCUUUGGCCGAAACCCCCGGGAGAUCCAGCGUAGCCAGAGUUGGGAUGACAGAGGCGAGAGAAGGUUUGAGAAGUCGGCGAGGAGGGAUGGAGCACGAUCCGGGUUUGAGGAGGGAGGGGCUGGCCCGAGGAAGGAACAUGCCCGCUCAGAUAGCGAGAACUGGCGUUCUCUUCGAGAGGAGCAAGAGGAAGAGGAGGAGGGCAGUUGGAGACUUGGGGCAGGACCCCGGCGAGAUGGCGACCGCUGGCGCUCAGCCAGCCCUGAUGGUGGCCCCCGCUCUGCUGGCUGGCGGGAACAUGGGGACCGGCGUCGCAAGUUUGAAUUUGAUUUGCGAGGGGAUCGAGGAGGGUGUAGUGAAGAGGAAGGGCGGGGUGGGGGAGGCAGCUCUCACCUCCGGAGGUGCCGAGGACCUGACGGCUUUGAGGAAGACAAGGAUGGGCUCCCAGAGUGGUGCCUGGAUGACGAGGAUGAAGAGAUGGGCACCUUCGAUGCCUCUGGGGCUUUCCUGCCUCUCAAGAAGGGCCCCAAGGAGCCCAUUCCUGAGGAGCAGGAGCUCGACUUCCAGGGCCUGGAGGAAGAGGAAGAAGAGCCUUCUGAAGGGCUAGAGGAGGGGGGGCCUGAGGCAGGAGGGAAGGAACUGACUCCACUACCUCCUCAGGAGGAGAAGGCCAGUUCCCCAUCCCCACUGCCCACCUUGGGCCCACUCUGGGGAGCUAAUGGGGAAGGUGAUGACGCUGCAGACAAGGACCUGCCGGCAGCAGCAGCUGAAGACGAUGGGAGGGGAAUGCCGCUGAGUCCUGGGGUAGGCUCACCCUCUGGCCCGCCUGGAGAUCUGGAGGAUGAUGAAGGCCUGAAGCACCUGCAGCAGGAGGCGGAGAAGCUGGUGGCCUCCCUGCAGGACAGCUCCCUGGAAGAGGAGCAGUUCACGGCCGCCAUGCAGGCCCAAGGCUUGCGCCACUCAGCAGCUGCCACUGCCCUCCCUCUCAGCCACGGUGCAGCCCGGAAGUGGUUCUACAAGGACCCCCAGGGGGAGAUCCAAGGCCCCUUCACAACACAGGAGAUGGCAGAGUGGUUCCAGGCGGGCUACUUCUCCAUGGCGCUGCUUGUGAAGCGGGGCUGUGAUGAGGGCUUCCAGCCACUGGGUGAGGUGAUCAAGAUGUGGGGUCGUGUGCCCUUUGCCCCAGGACCCUCACCACCCCCACUGCUGGGCAACAUGGACCAGGAGCGGCUGAAGAAGCAGCAGGAGCUGGCUGCGGCGGCCUUGUACCAGCAGCUGCAGCACCAGCAGUUUCUGCAGCUGGUCGGCAGCCGGCCGCUCCCGCAGUGUGCACUCCGGGAAAAGGCGACUCUGGGGGACCUGAGCCCGCCGCAGCAGCAGCAGCUCACUGCGUUCCUGCAGCAGCUCCAGGCGCUCAAACCGCCCAGAGGUGGGGACCAGAACCUGCUCCCGACCAUGAACCGGUCCUUGUCGGUGCCAGAUUCGGGCCCCCUCUGGGACAUACAUACCUCAGCCUCAUCACAGUCAGGCGGUGAGGCCAGUCUUUGGGACAUACCAAUUAACUCUUCGACUCAGGGUCCAAUUCUAGAACAACUCCAGCUGCAACACAAAUUCCAAGAGCGCAGAGAAGUGGAGCUCAGGGCGAAGCGGGAGGAGGAGGAGCGCAAGCGGCGGGAGGAGAAGCGGCGGCAGCAGCAGCAGCAGGAGGAGCAGAAGCGGCGGCAGGAGGAGGAGGAGCUGUUCCGGCGCAAGCAGGUGCGGCAGCAGGAGCUCCUGCUGAAGCUGCUGCAGCAGCAGCAGGUGGCGGCCGCUGUCCCAGUGCCACCGGCGCCCAGCUCCCCGCCCCCGCUGUGGGCCGGCCUGGCCAAGCAGGGGCUCUCCAUGAAGACGCUGCUUGAGCUGCAGCUGGAGGGGGAGCGGCAGCUGCACAAGCAGCCCCCUCCCCGGGAGCCGUCGCGGGCCCAGGCCCCCAACCACCGCGCGCAGCUUGGGGGCCUGGGCUCGGCCCCCCUGAACCAGUGGGUAUCUGAGGCUGGGCCGCUGUGGGGCGGGCCCGACAAGAGUGGGGGCGGCAGCGGUGGCCCGGGGCUCUGGGAGGACACCCUCAAGAGCGGCGGGAGCCUGGCCCGCAGCCUGGGCCUGAAGAACAGCCGGAGCAGCCCCUCUCUCAGUGACUCGUACGGCCACCUGUCAGGCCGGCCUGUGCGCAAAAAGACGGAGGAGGAGGAGAAGCUGCUGAAGCUGCUGCAGGGCAUCCCCAGGCCCCAGGAUGGCUUCACCCAGUGGUGCGAGCAGAUGCUGCACACACUGAGCACCGCGGGCAGCCUGGACGUGCCCAUGGCUGUAGCGAUCCUCAAGGAGGUGGAAUCCCCCUACGACGUCCACGAUUAUAUCCGUUCCUGCUUGGGGGACACGCUGGAAGCCAAAGAAUUUGCCAAACAGUUCCUGGAGCGGAGGGCCAAGCAGAAAGCCAGCCAGCAGCGGCAGCAGCAGCAGGAGGCAUGGCUGAGCAGUGGCUCCCUACAGACAGCCUUUCAGACCAACCACAGCACCAAACUCGGCCCUGGGGAGGGCAGCAAGGCCAAGAGGCGGGCGCUGAUGCUGCACUCAGAUCCUAGCAUCUUGGGGUACUCCCUGCACGGACCUUCUGGUGAGAUCGAGAGCGUGGAUGACUACUGACCAGCCCGUCCCACCAGCCCCUGGGCUGUAGGCCAGGGGCGGCAGCAGCGGCUUGGACCCUUGGGUCCCCAGCCUGCAGGCUCCCCACAAGGAGCAUAGGAGGAAGCAGGGGCAGGGUCCCCAGCACUUGUUACAAACCACACGAUGCACCUUAACUCACCCACCACGAGGCACUUUACAGAUUGGGGGGAAGGGUUUUUGGUUUUGUUUUUGUUUUCGUUGUUUUUUUUUUUCUUUAAAAAAAAAUUUUUUUAAACAACCCUGAAGAAAACGUUAGGAGACAAAAAAAAAAAAAAAAAAGUUAAAAACUAGACUCUAAGCGCCCCUUCCCCCUCUAGGGACAGUGAGGGUGACGAUGGAAAGUCCACAGAGCUUUUUUGGGAUUUUUGGGUUUUGUUGGGUUUUUUUGUUUGUUUUUUGGGUUUUUUUUUGUUUGUUUUUUAAGAAAAAAGAAAAUGAAAAAAAAAGUUAGGAGAUUGAAAGAAAAAACACACUGUUAUUUUGGGGCAGUGGGGACACAGGCCCCACGGACCUGUCCUGCCUGGCCCCCAAGGCUGCACUUACCCUCCCUGCCCCGCAAGGUGGGCCAUUGGGGUAACUGGAAGCUGGGGUGCCAGCAGUUUGCACAGCGAGGCCCCCUCAGCCCCGCCAGCCGGACCCGCUGUGAACGGCUCCCUUUGUUGCUGUGACUGUGGCAGAGGUGUCCGGGGUAGGGGCCAAAGUAGCCCCUUGGCUUUGCUGCUUUGGGGGAAAGUUGCACAAAUGGGCCGGGCCGCCUCAGCUCUCUAGGCUGCCAUCCUGUGCUGGCUGACGAGGUAGAGGGGAAAGGGCCAGCCGUGCCAACCUCAUCUGGCUGUCAGGGUGGUAGAACUUCCACUCUGGCCCUGGUGAGGGGCUUCCCCCACUGCUGCCAUUUGGGGGGAACGGCCUGGGUGUGAAGCUGAAAGCCUCAGCUCCCUGCCUUGCCACAUGAAUGUAUUCUUUGGGCCACAAGCCCCUGCUGCGCCUUCUGCCUCAACCCUGCGCGAGGCGGGAAUGGAGCAGUUCCUCCAGGAGCUGGAGAGAGAGGCACCACUUAAUGACUGUUUUCUCCUGUGAAAGGGGCAAGAGGAGGGCCUGGGAGGCCAAGGGAGUGGGCAGCAUGGGGCUUCAGGUUGCGGUGUGGGGGCCGUUAGAAGGGAGUUCCCUCCUGCAGCCAGCUGUGUGGGCUGUGGACCACCCAGCUCCACUCUGACCCCUCCAUUGACCAAAUGGGAGAGGAGCAAGUGGCCUCUCUCCUUCCUGCUCCCCUGAUGCAUUUUUAAUGUUGUGUAGGGUGCGGGGGUCAAGAAUAGAAGUGUCGUCUCUCCUGGGUCAGGGGUAGGCUGCCCUUCUGUUACUCACCAACUUCUUUUCCCAAUCACCUACCUGGGUUUGUCUCCAUUUGUUUUUGGGUUUUUUUGUUUUGUUUUUUUGUUUUUUAAACAGCUUGUAUCUUUUGGGUUUCUCAUUUAACUUCUCCCAUCGACCUCAUUGCUCAGAGCGCAGUAUUAGGGCAGGAUUCUGCCACUGCCUCCCCUCCAUGAAUGUAUUUAUCCUUCCUGCCCUGGGGAAAUGGGGAGUAGCCCCUUUUCUUUCCCCAUCCAUCCCCAGAGAGACCACAUUUUGUUUCUGUUUUGUUUUUUUGUUUUGCACCAAAGUGGCAACUGGGUCAGUGUUGGGGGAUAAAGCUGGCCUCGGGGGUGGAGGGGCACCCUCCACCUGCUUCUCCCUGGUUUCAACAGUGUUAGCGUCCGUGAAAAGACAAUAUUCUCUCUAAAGCAAUAAGGGGGUGAUGGGCCAGGGGGAAAUGUCUUGCUGCUGCUGGCCCCCCAGCUCCCCCCUUCCUCACGCCAGUAUUUGGCGGCAUUAGAGGUGUCGGGGGAGUACUGUUGUGACUGAAUGUAACCGCCCCCACCCCUGCCGCAGCCAAUGCAGGGGAGGGGGGUAACACUCUUCCCUGUCUCUUCCUUCCCCUUCCCCCCCAGCUAAAGAGACUUUGAAUUUAGGGGGCCCUUGAGCCUGGAGAGGCCUUAACCCUGUGAGGAAGUGUAGGGGGAGCCCUCUCCCACCCCAUCCCCUUCUGAGAGUGGUCAAUGUUUACAAGCCCCUGAGCCCCCCAGCCCAGGGACUCCACCCCCAUUGCUGUCCUUUCCCACCUGUCUUCCUGGGCCCCAGCUGCUCUCCCACCCUCUCUGGGUUGGGGUGAGUGCAGGGGCUGUUCUGUAUCCCCUUGUCUGCCUUGGACCCACAAUCUCCCCUACCGCCACCCUGUGUGACUCCCCUCUCUUCUACCUGCCCCUGUAAAUAUUCCCCUUCCCCCAAUAAAACUUGGUGUGUGUUCUCCC